AUGGCACCCAAGUCAAAAGCCAGCUCCAAGGCGGCCCCCAUCCCAGAGUCAAAAGCCGAGCCACCCCCCGAGACCGUCGGCGAGCGUUCCACCCAGCGAUUCUACAAGACCAAUACCCUCCAGAAGCGCUGCGAAGAAGCAGGCCUGGCCGCCCUGACGCCCGCGGAGAAGAAGACCUACAGCCACGCGCAGCUCAUCAUCCCCGUCUCCCAAGACCGGGUGCCGCUCUCCACCAAGGCCGAACGCGAGUACUGGAAGCAGGUUUCAAAGGAGAACCUCCCCAUCCGCCGCCUGCGCCGAAACUACGAUUGGGGCCAGGACAGACAGGGCCGCCAGCUUGACACCUACAAGCUUGCCGAGUUUGAGGAGCGGAGCUUGAAGCAGGCCCGCCUCGCAGCACUCGACAUCGUGCACCGCCGGUUCCUCGCCAAGAGAGACAGGGCGCGCAAGGAGGGCUCCGAGCUCCCAGCAGAGGACGUCGAGGAAGAAAAGAAGACGAGGGCAGCCAUGGCGGUCCUACGAAAGGAACUGUAUGGGAAGAUCACCGGCCCGCUCGCCCAGGACCCGAAGUGGGAUGAUGUGGUGCCGAUUCCCCAGGCUGAGCCCGAAGAUGCUCUAGCUCGUAUCGCCUACCCAGAUGACUAUGCCGAGGCUGUUUCCUACCUUCGUGCUGUCAUGGCUACCGAGGAGCUAUCCGAGCGGUGCCUUCGUCUAACGCAGCUGGUUAUUAACAUGAACCCAGCGCAUUACACCGUAUGGCUGUACCGCUUCAGAAUCGUCAAGGCUCUCGAGCUGCCCAUCCUUGAUGAGAUAGAGUGGCUCAACAGGGUGGCUCUGCAGAACCUCAAGAACUACCAGAUCUGGCACCACCGUCAGCUCCUCCUCGACUACUACCUCCCCUCCAUCUCGUCGGACCCGGUAUCCGUGAAGAGGCUCGCCAAGUCGGAGACCGACUUCAUUUCCCGCAUCCUCGAGGAGGACACGAAGAACUACCACGUCUGGUCCUACCGCCAGUACCUCGUCGGCAAGCUCGAGCUCUGGACGCCCGCCGAGCUCGGCGCCGCGCAGAACAUGAUCGAGGACGACGUCCGCAACAACUCGGCGUGGUCCCACCGCUUCUUCGUCGUAUUCUCCAACCCCAAGGAGGCCACCCCGGGCUCGCUGCCCACGGCCACGGACCUCAAGGUGUCCGCCGCCACGAUCGAUCGCGAGCUCGCCUACGCCAAGGAGAAGAUCGCCCUCGCGCCGCAGAACCAGUCCAGCUGGAACUAUCUCCGCGGGGUUCUGGUCAAGAGCGGACGAGACUUUGCCACGUUGGACGAGUUCACCGAGCAGUUCGUGUCGGGGCUGGGCGAGGAGAGCGAGGACGUGAAGAGCUCCCACGCCCUCGACCUGUUGGCAGAGAUAUACAAGGCCAAGGGAGAUAAGGAAAAGGCCAAGCUCUGCCUGGAGCGGCUGGCAGCGAAGUGGGAUCCCGUGCGGGAGGGGUAUUGGAAAUACCAGAUAGCGGAGCUCGAGAAGUAG